UUUUCCUGGCAUUUUCUUGCUCUUAUUUAAUUUAAACCAACUCAAAAGCAGCUGUUUUGAAUGCUGUUUAUUAAUUUCACCAAAAAUAAAUAAUUGAUUAAGUGCGUUCACACUCUCGAGGGUAGUUCAGUCUAAAUACACUAUUGUAAUUUAUACCAAUCAGUACAAAAACAUUUUAAGUGUCACAUCUAAAAACUGUGGUACACUGUUUUGCUUUUGUGACAGUGAAAAUUUUCUAAACAAUAGCGAAACAUAAAAUUGUGCUGCAAUUUAAUUAAUUUAAACUGUGCAAUAACAAGUUUAUUUUAUUCAUAUAUAAAUGGCUUUAGCAAACGUUUUAUCGUUGAGCCAAAUAAGUGGGCACAUAAUAUUAGUAAUAUUAUCACUUUGUGUAAUAACUCCGUUGGGCAUAAAUCUGCGUCAAUUUAGUGGGCAUUGUUUGUUAUUUACGACUGGAAAAUGGCGAGAAGAAGAUGGUAUGUUUGAUGUAAAGUGGUCCUCAAACGGAUUCUGCAAUUUUCCUUUAAUGUCUGGAAUCGUUACGUUUCUAAUUUCUAGCGUACAAAUAUAUCGUUUUGUGCGUAUCAAAGAAGAAGCAUCCUUCCUCUCACUGUUCUUAGAUACAGUACUGGGUAUUUUAAUGAUGACCAUGUCGAUAAUGUCAGCAAUAAUGAUAACUUUAGGUUUCAUCGUUUGGUGUGAUGGUAUGACAGAGCGUUUUCCAUCCUGCGAAACUUCAGCGGGACAAAAUAUUAUACACGGUGAUACACAAAAUUUAGACACUUCCGAAUUUUAUAUUGAAAUGGGAACAGCACAGUUUGGUGCCUGGGGUUCAUUCGCUAUAUCGGUGGGCGUUGGGGUGAUUGCACUGUUAAAAUUGAUAAACAACCAUCAGGUCAGAAAUAUAAAAGUCUCAAUGUACUUAGAGCGCCAACGUUUAGUAAAUGAGCAUCUAGCACAGCUCGAUGGACGGUCAACACCACCAAGCUCUUCGAAUGCAGAGAGCAGAUCAAAUGAAUAAAUUAUUGUUUAAAAAUUUUUUGUAUUUGAUUAAUGUAAGUAAUUUAUAUCUAUUAUACAUUAAG